GGAUUCAAAGAAAGAGCUUAUGAUUUUUGUAAUUCCAUUCUCAUCUAGAGUCCCACCUUAUCUUUGAGCAAGUAAAUCACACAAACUAUAGAUGAGUUGCAAGAUAAACUCCAUAAGCUCACCAUUACUGUGCAAAUUGUGCACCAAAAAACCAAAGCUAAGAAGAAGAAACAUUAUCUUAUUUUCCUUUUCCUCAAGUGGGAAAGAGCAGAAAACCAUUUCCACCAGAACAAGGAUUGAAAAUCCAACAUCUCAGGCUUACACUGUCAGUUUCAAGACAGAAAAGGGUUGCAAGCUUUCCAUUUCAAGGUAUCCUGACUUUGAAUAUGAUGCAGAGGGGGGAAUGGGAACUGGAGUUGCUGCAAAGGUUACAGAGAAUGGUCCGGCCAACAAUGACCUUCCUGUUUUAUUUGAUCUUGAAAGUUUGUAUAUUCCAUCAUUAACAAGUUCUACUGCCAAGUUUCUUGGAUUGCCAUUGCCACCGUUUUUGAAGAUUGAUAUAGUUCCAGAAGCAUUACAUGGAAAUAUUAACCAAGAAUCUGGCAAGGUUGAUCUUGAGUUCAAGGCCAAGUUUUUGUUUUCUGCUGGUAGUCUCUAUAAGGCUCCUCCACUGUUGGUGAAGACAGUGUUGACAUCUGAAGAAACAAAAGGCACUAUGAAGAGUGGAAGAGGCAGGAGAAUGGAUGAAGAGGGGAAAUGCAAACUGGUUGGUGUAGCAACAGUUGACCCUAUUGAUGAUUUCUUUAUGAAUUCCUUCCUUGGCCUUCCAACUGAGUGCCUUGCUGAGUUAAAGGCUGUAAUCUCCAUAUCUUCCUCAUCUUAAGAUCUCAUCACAAAAUUUGGACAUUUGUUGAAAGUUGAAACCGAUGCAGACUCAUAAUAUCCAAGUUGGAAGAUGAAUGUGAAAUAGUAGAAGAUGGUAUACAUAGCAGAAACUAGAAAUAAGUUAAACUUGAACUAGUUUACCCAUUCAGCCUUGUAGAACACACAAUAGGUAAAGCAAGUAUAAUGUAUUAAGAAAAGAAGAGUGAAGUCAAAUACAAUAUUCAUAAACAUUUAUUA